AUGGCGUUGACAGUUGGCAUAAUCUUUCAUGUGAUAGUGAUUCUUUGUUUGUUGAUUUUUCAACAGAAAAGUGAUGCAGAAGAAUUAAUCAAGCUUGAAAAACCAAGAUUGAGAAAUUGCAAAAUUGAUAGAAUAUAUCAAUUUGGUGAUUCAAUUUCUGAUACUGGCAAUUGCAAGAGAGAGCCUCUUUGUCAAUCUCAUUCUGAUUGUGGAAGUCAUCCUUAUGGAAUGAAUUUUUAUCAGAGCGCAACGGGACGUUGUUCUGAUGGCAUGAUCAUGAUUGAUUUCAUAGCAUUGGAAUCGGGUCUUCCGCUUCUAAAUCCUUACAAGGAUCAAAGUGCAAAUUUCAGACAUGGUGUGAAUUUCGCAGUAGCAGGGUGUACUGGUAUAUCAGCUGAAAUUAUGGCGGAAAACAAGAUUUUUAAUACAGCAUUUACCAAUAGUUCAUUAACUGUGCAACUUGAUUGGAUGUCUUCACAUUUUCAAACCACUGAUUGUCCAAAAAAAUUGAAGAAAUCACUUUUCCUAGUUGGAGAAAUAGGAGGAAAUGAAUUCAAUUAUGGUUUAUUACAAGGUAAAACCAUCGAAGAGUUGCGAAGAAUGGUGCCAGUUGUUGUUCAAACUAUCAUCCAUGGUGUUAAAAGGGUCAUCGAUUUUGGGGCUACUCGAAUUAUAGUUCCAGGCAAUUUUCCUAUUGGUUGUGUCCCAAUUUUUCUAACGCGAUUCAUGAUUGACAACUCAAAUGCUUACGACGACUAUCAUUGUUUGAAAGAUUUAAAUAGUUUAUCAAUCUUUUUCAACAAUCAUUUGCAACAAGCUAUUGAUGAAAUGAAGAAAAAACAUCCGAACAUUACACUCAUUUAUGGUGACUACUACAAUGCCUAUAUGUGGUUACUACAAAAUGCAGUGACAUUUGGAUUCGAUAAAAACUCUCUACAGAAAGCAUGUUGUGGAACAGGAGGAGGAGAUUAUAAUUAUAACAUACGUAAAAGAUGUGGGUUUCCAGGAGUUGAAGUGUGUGCUAACCCGAACACUUAUAUCAAUUGGGAUGGAAUUCAUAUGACACAAGAAGCAUAUAAAUAUUUGGCAAGAUGGCUAAUUGAUGACAUGUUGCCCCAAUUGAACUGUCAUGAUUAA